UACUGAUUGAUUAUUCUCUCUACUUUGAGUUGUAAGUGCUUUUGCAAGUCGUUCCGGAGUGCCUCACCCUUGUUUUAGCAAUAACCGCAGAUGACUGUAUCAGCUAUUUAUAUAAUGGGACCGACUGGAAAGGUCAUCAUUUCGCGUGACUACCGAGGUGAUGUGACCGAUGCAGACGUGGAUAGAUUUGCUGUAAUGCUUCGUGAAAAGGAGGACACGGAAUUGAAGCCUGUGUUUACCGAGGGAGAUACGACCUAUAUCUACGUGAAGAGCGGGAACUUGUAUUUGUUGGCACUCUCAAAGCGUAACGUCAACGUAACGAUGGUGAUGGAGUUUUUGAACCAUUUGGUGCGUGUGUUCCAAGAUUACUUUGGUGUGUUUGAUGAGGAGCGAAUUCGCGACAAUUUUGUGAUUAUGUACGAGCUCUUUGACGAGAUGAUGGACUUCGGCUUCCCUCAAAUCACAGACACGCAGGUCAUGAAAGAAUACAUCACGCAGGAGUCCCAGCGUUUGGAGAAGACCACGGUGGUGCCCUCCAAUCUCACGAACGUCGUGAGCUGGCGCCAGGAAGGCAUCAAAUACAAGAAGAACGAUGUGUUCCUGGACGUGAUCGAAAAGGUCAAUCUGUUGGUGGCCCGCGAUGGCACGGUGCUGGAUAGCGAGAUCGUGGGAACGAUCGAAAUGAAGGUGUGCUUGUCUGGCAUGCCCGAGCUGAAGCUGGGUCUGAACGACAAGGUGCGAUUCGACAUGGGCGAUCGCAAACUGGAGGCGUCGAAGGGCGGCAGCAGCAACAACAUCGAUUUGGAAGACGUCCAUUUCCACCAGUGCGUCCGUUUGGCGACGUUCGACAACGAUAAAACGAUCAGCUUCAUCCCUCCCGACGGGCAGUUCACGCUCAUGUCGUACCGUCUGCACACACAGGUUCGUCCGCUCAUCUGGGUCGAGGUCUCCACCACACGCAAGACCACUUCCAUCGACUAUUUCGUGAAGGCCAAGUCCAACUUCAAGGCGCAUUCCACCGCCACCGACGUGGAAAUCUUCGUGCCGCUGCCCGCCGAUGUGGACACGCCGCAGUUCAAUACGUCCCUGGGAACGGUGAGCUACGUGCCCGAUAAGGACUGUCUGUUGUGGAAGAUCAAGCAGCUCUACGGAAUGCGCGAGUACCAUAUGCGAGCCCACUUCGGUCUGCCGUCGGUGCAGCGCGAUGAUGGCCAGCAGGACGAUUACCAGAUGCGUCCCAUCGCAGUGAACUUUGAAAUCCCGUAUUACACGGCCUCUGGAUUGCAGGUGCGAUAUCUGAAGAUUGUGGAGAAGAGUGGAUACGAAGCGCUGCCGUGGGUGCGCUACAUCACUCGAAAUGGUGACUAUCAGCUGAGAAUGAAGUAGUGAAUU